AUGGUCCAAAUCUCUAAAAAACGUGUUCGUAGAAACACAAUUGUUUUAGAUAGUGGCUUAAAUUCGGUUAUAACUGCAUUACCGCCUGGUAAUACAGUAUCAACUACUAGCUCUCAAAAUGGUUUGAGUGCAGAUCUCACUCCUGUGAUACAGGUGAAAGAUGUUCUGUUAGAGAACUCUGAGUUCUGUAAACUAAACCUCCUUUUGAAAGAUAUGCAGAGGCAAGUAAGUGAAAUUCAGAAAAAAUUAGAUCAGUUUGAUAGUAUGUCACUGCCAAUCUCAAAUACCACGGAGAGCCGUCUGAUAUUGGUCAGGUUAAGUGUUUACUGGAUGUAA